AUGGAGAGGCCGACUGUAACACUUCGCAAUUUUGAGGAAUCCGACUUGGACGAUUUCAUGGAGUGGGCGACGGACGAGGAGGUGUACCGUUUUUCCAUGCGGGAGACUUUCAAAUCCAGAGAAGAGGCGGAAUUUUACAUAAAAAACGAAGCCAUGGGGCACCCCUGGUUGAAGGCCAUUUGCGUGGAGGGCAGGGCUGUGGGUUCAAUUUCCCUCUACAGAGGCCUCGGCAAUUCCUCCUGCAGGGCGGAGAUUGGAUACCUGGUGGCGCGGAACUGUUGGGGGAAGGGGAUCGCCUCCCAAGCCGUAAAGUUGUGUCUCUCCACUGCCUUCACUGACAUGCCCGAUUUGGAGCGCAUCGAAGGUCUGGUGGAGCCAGAAAAUGUAGCGUCUCAGAAAGUCUUGGAGAAGGCCGGAUUUGUCAAGGAAGCCCUGCUUCGCAAAUUUUUUACGGCCAAGGGAAAAACCAGGGACUUUUAUAGUUACAGGUUUCUCUCUGAGGAUUUGCCACACUCUAUGUAG